UAGAUGCACGUUUGCUUUGUAUUUAUUACAAAAUGGCGAAUAGACAAGGAAUUUCAGUUUCAACAUCACGAUUUGCAGUUCUGAAAAUCGAAGAUGAUGAAGAUGAUGAGAGAAAGCCACCCACCAAAGCCUCAUCUCACCAAAAUGCUUCUAGCUCUAGCGCUGCGAAGAAAAAGAAUAAAAAGAAAAGGGACAAUAAGGAAAGCGAACAGCUAAAGAGUCUUGCUUUUGGGAAAACUUCUGGAAAACUGCCAAGAAAUGGCACUGGUGAUGGAGGAAAUGAGAAAAAAGCUUGGGACCAGUGGAAAGAGCAUGACAAAGAGUUAGUAGAAGAAAAAUUCAAAGAUGAUCUUGCUGCUGCUCUAUUACAGAGUAGAAUUGAGGCAGAACAAAAGCAGCAGGAAGCUUUGAAGCAGAAGCAAAGAAUUGAGGCUGGUUUAGAGGCACCAACAACAAAGGAAGGAAGGAAAAAGAAGAAACAGAAAGAAAAACCACAAGCCAUGUCUUUAGAACAGUUUAAGCAGUUGCCACCUGAGAAAACUAUAGGCUCUGAUUCAGAGGAUGAGGUCAAUGGCAGGCCGCAGACUCCUCCUGUUCAAACACGUGUUCCACUUCCUUUGCAAGAUUCCAAAUUUUUCAACUCUGUCGAGGAUGAUGCUGAGCAUAUACUUAGGCAAGAAAAAAUACAAGAGGAAUACCGUAAGCAAUAUGCCUCAGACAAUGUGAUUGUUGCAAAGCUUAAAAAUGAUUUAGAAAAGAAAGAAAAUCAGUUAACAGAGGCACAGAAACAAAUAGAGAAUAUGGAGGCUGAGCUGAAGCAGGUCAAGAAAAGAAACAAACAGCUCUGUGUUAUUUUAGCACAAGGAGAAAUGAAAGAUAAAGCUCAAGUACUUUUACAAGUAGAUGAGCUCACAGCAGUCAAAGAUGAACUUACUGACCAGGUGACAUCUUUGACUGCAGAAUUGGAAAAGGAAAAAUCAAAAAAUCACUCAAUGAAAGCAGAGCUAGAUAAGUUGAAGGGAAAUAAACAUGGAAAGUAGGCUAUUAUUAACAAAAGAACUGUUUUGUAAUGAUGACCAAUGUUUGUGUAUUUUCAAAUUCAUCUGCUUGGUUAUAACUUUUAUUAAGUAACACUAGGCUGGUUGGAUAACAGGUGUUUUGUUUUUGUAUUAAAAUAAAAAUAUAUUGACAUUUCUGUUUUGAUUGUUGUAAAAAAUACUUUAAAUUUUAGUAAGAUCAGAAAAUAUCACAAAAACUGAUCCAUUUGAAUACACAAAUGUAAAUUGAACCUAACUUUGAUGGUAGAAGAUUUAAGUUUUUCAUUUCUCAACAAUAUAUAAUUUGUCAGGUUUUUAAUUACUAUCUGUUUGCAUUAUGUUAUUUUUUUUUUGGUAGUUUAAAAGAUAAAUUCAAAUUUUUAUGUUUUCUGCUACUUAAAUAUACAUUUUGAUUUAAUACAUUGUAGAAAAAAAAGUUAAUCUUUCUUAUUUGGUUUGUUUUUUUUUCUUUUAUAAUUUCUUCUUUCAGUAUGAAUUUAAUUUUUUAGAAAUAAGAUAUUUUAAAACACAUGACAUACACAUAUUUGCUUUGUACAUUUAUUAAAAUUUUUAUUGACAAUCGAAUCUUGUUCUUACACUUAAGGCCAGUUUUGUUUACAUCCAAGUACAUGUUUUAAAACCUUUUCUUUUCUUCUUUGUAGCAAGCAUUUUUUUAAAUACUUGUUUUUUUUCUUACUUUCUUAAAUUAGUUCUGUAAGUUAAGGAAUUAUUUGUUUGUUUUUUAAGAUAGUUCAGUCAACUAUUUUCCACAUAAAUUCUUAGUUAUAAUUAAUAAGAAAACCACAUUUGUGCCUAUACUAAGAGCUUGGUGAGAAUAAAUAUAUAAAUAUAUAUUUUUUCAUCAGUUUUCAAGAUUUUAGAUGGGAUUUCUUUAUUAUAAAUAUCUUUGUUUUAAAAUGUUGGUUUACUAAAAGAAAAGCUAAGAUAGUGUAAGUCCAAGGGGGUCAGUGCUUUGUGUUAACAGUGUAAGUGGCAUUAGAUUAUUUACCAUAAAUCAUAAGCAAAGUUUUAUGUGUAAAAAUUAUUUUGUAAAGUCUAAUCACAAUCAGAAAAAUAUUUUUGGUUAAGCAUUAUGCUAUUUAAUGGAAAAAUAUACAUGCAAUAGAAAAUAGGUAAAUGAUUUUUUAUAUUGAUUCUUAUCUUAAGCUUUUUUAUGAUUUUGAUAUUUCAUUUAUUUUGUUCUAAUUUUAAGUAUGUAAUUAGGGUGUGUCUGUUAUUUUUAUGUGAAAUUAAAAUUGCUCAGCAA